UUACAAGAAAAGGAAAAUAAAUAAAUAAAAUUUAUUCAUUAUUCAUUAUUCAUUAUUCAUCCCUUCAUUAAUUUCCAUUUCUACUCCGCACUCCAUUCAAGCGUGGGGGGGAGCAGCUGCAGCUGCACAGGACACUGAAUAAGCCCCAGAGAGAGAGAGAGAGAGAGAGAGAGGCAGAAGCUCCGCAGCUCCUCAGCUCGUCUCCUCCAUUGCCUCAAUCGCAUCGUCUCGUUCAACCUGAAGAGGAAGAAGAAGGAACAGCAGGCAGGAGCUGAGCUCGGACUGCCAUUUGACGGUGGAUGACUCGGUCCGCAAGGCUGCGAGCUGUGAUAUGCUACUGCAGAUUGGGAAUAUUCUAGCUCCUUUGGUCUGCUGUUGCUGUGGGGAGGUGGAUUGCCGAACGCUGAUCCGGAGAUUGACGCAUCGCGGCUGCGCAAUGGUGUGAGAGCCGUGGAUAUUUCUUGUUUGAUUGUUUCACCCUGGACCUGGAGAUUGUUGAGUCCGAGCUGGUUUUUCCGACGCCGAUGGAGUCUCGGAUGGAUCAUUAUGAGAUCAUGGAGCAGAUUGGUCGCGGCGCAUUCGGCGCUGCCAUUCUCGUCCUCCACAAGUCGGAGAGGAAGAAGUACGUGCUGAAGAAGAUUCGGUUAGCGCGGCAGACUGAGCGAUGCAGGAGAUCUGCUCAUCAGGAGAUGGCUUUGAUCGCGCGAAUUCAACACCAAUACAUCGUGGAGUUCAAGGAGGCAUGGGUUGAGAAAGGCUGCUAUGUCUGCAUUGUUACUGGUUACUGCGAAGGUGGUGACAUGGCUGAAUUAAUGAAAAAGUCUAAUGGUGUAUAUUUUCCAGAGGAGAAACUUUGCAAGUGGUUUACGCAACUAUUGUUAGCAGUGGAGUAUCUGCACUCAAAUUUUGUCCUUCAUCGCGACGUAAAAUGUUCCAACAUCUUCCUCACCAAAGAUCAGGACGUUCGGCUGGGAGAUUUUGGGCUUGCCAAAACCCUCAAGGCAGAUGACUUGGCUUCUUCAGUUGUUGGAACUCCCAAUUACAUGUGUCCGGAGCUCCUUGCAGAUAUACCUUAUGGCUUCAAAUCUGAUAUAUGGUCCCUGGGCUGUUGUAUGUAUGAGAUGGCUGCUCAUCGACCUGCAUUUAAGGCUUUUGAUAUGGCUGGACUCAUUAGCAAGAUAAACCGCUCCUCGAUUGGUCCGCUGCCUUCCUGCUAUUCCCCAUCCUUAAAGACGCUUAUUAAAGUCAUGCUAAGAAAGAACCCGGAGCACCGACCAAGUGCUUCGGAGAUCUUAAAGCAUCCCUAUUUGCAGCUUUAUGUUGAUCAAUACCGUCUAGCCUCAAAUCCUUCUAUAACUGCUCCUGAGAAGCCCAUUAGUAAGCAAGGCUCUCGGAAAAGCAUGGCUGAAAGCCAAAACAGUAACAGUUCAAGCAGUGACAAAGACAGCUUGCUUCCAAGCGAGGUGUUGAGCUGUAACAAUAAGGCUACUGAUACUGAUCUGGUCUCUGUUGAUGUUGAAGAUUGCUCUGAACAGUCAAAUUCAAAUGAAGUGCAAUCUGGUGCUGUUGUUUAUGCUACUAGGGUGGACGGGCAACAGGUAUUAAAACCCCAGCAUGAUAUACAGCCUUCCAAUGCUGAAUCAAAGCAGCCGAGAACCAUCAAGAAUAUAAUGAUGGCUCUUAAAGAAGGAAAAGUCAGAGAAAAUGGUUCACCGAUGAGAGGAAGCCGUACGAAGGCUGUAGCUGGACCCACCCAAAAAAAUAUUCCUGAAGCUUCACCCAAGGUUCUCAAACCCAGUGCAAUCCCUACUUUUAGGCCUAAUGCUGAUUCUCCAACUGCCACGCCAACAAAGGCAAAUACUGAGACCUCAAAACGGGUUCAGGUGUCUCAUUCUUUGAAGCAUCAGUUACCUGCAAUAGAUUCCACGCCGAAGACGAAACCAAGGCAUGAAGCCAUUCCUCCAUCUGGUGCUACGAGACAAGUUGUUGAUGAUCCACAGACAAAGACGAGGCUGAGAACGCCUCCUUCAAAUGUGGUUAGAAGAUCUUCAUUUUCUGGAAGAAUCAGACAAGCCGGGACAGAUGCUCCAAAUACAGUGAGCAACACUCCAAAGUUGAGUACACCAGAGCAAACUCAAGAGCAUGAGAAGGCUUCUCAUCAAGUCCAAAGUGGUGCCAUCUCAUAUCUUCAUAGGCAGAACAGUGAGGUGUCAGAGAGAACUCCUGCAGUAUCUUCGAAGGGAAUGCAAACUGCGAGCAGCAACUCUGAAUCAUCUUCCCUGUCCAUUCAAGUAUUCGAGUUUUGUGAUGAUGUGGUGACCCCUUCUGGUGGCAUGAGAGAACAAGUGUACCAGGAGAUUGAUAGAGUCACUUGCUCGGAAAGCUCACGCUCCCGUUCCAGCUCACUUGCAUCCCCUAUACAAUGUGAGAAUUACUAUAUUCCUGCUGCUGAGAGCUCUGGACUCAAUAAUGGAAGUCCAACGGUUAUGGAUAAAACCUGUGAAGCUGAUGUUCAGAACACGGCUGCUGGUACUGGAGAAGUGGGCACAAGUUCAGCAUUUGAUAGUUCCGAAGAGAUAUAUGUGUGUAAAGGUGAUGGGCCUCUGAUCAGGGCUAAUAUCGUUCCCAGCAAACCCUCCCAGUCGAUUCCUGUGUCUCCCUCCAGUGGGGACGACAAGUUUAUAGUGAGGGAACCUUUAUCAUCAGUUGUGGACACGGCUUCGUUGAAUGCUUCUUCCAUCCAAGCGAACCCGCAGAAGAAUUUGCAGCUUGAGAAAGGGACUAUCAUGCACCAUCAAAAGAUUGAAAACUCAACUUCGGCUGCUCCUCAUUUCCCUCCUGCUUUUGAUGAUGUCAUACAUGUGAUACGGCACAGUAGUUUUCGGGUUGGCAGUGAGCAGCCAAUAAUAGAAUCUGUGGAGAUGGGAGUUCAAAAUGUGAACAUUGGGAAGCUGAUAAAUGUUGUAAAAGAAGAUCAGGAGAUGAGAAGCACAACAGCACCUGCUCCCUCUCAUGCUCCCCCUCCUGCUAUUGCCACGUCUCCCACUCGAAGUCCCAGUCCCAGUCGCACCCCCACCCCUACAUCUCUUAAGGCUGCUGCGUGUUCUGAAGCAGUAUCAUUGCAGUCAAACACUUCUGAUGCUUCAUGUGAUAAGGAGGUGGCAGAUGCUAGAAACCAUGUCUCUCCUGUCUCAAGAUCUGAUUCGAUUCCAAAAGCCAGUUCAGCUCAGCUGGAGAAGGCCAACCCUGCUUUGAGCGAAGAGGGAGCACCUGCAAAGGAGACUUUGGACGUCAAGUCCUUCAGGCAGAGGGCUGAAGCCCUGGAGGGGCUAUUGGAGUUGUCAGCUGAGUUGCUGCAGCAGAACAGGUUGGAAGAGCUAGCAGUUGUAUUAAAGCCUUUUGGGAAAGAUAAGGUCUCUCCUAGGGAGACAGCCAUAUGGCUAGCCAAAAGUCUCAAAGGAAUGAUGAUCGAGGACAGUGUGAGGAGUUCGUGAGGCAUCAGAACUUGCUUGCGGUGAGCAUGCCCUAUUUUUCUUGCCAUGGGGGUCUCUUUGACAUUCCUAAACUAAUUCUUUGUUUCUUUCCUUCUUUUGGGUCAUGCAUUCUGCACAUUCAAGUUCCUCUUUGAAUAUCCGAGGGAGGGAAAACGACCCUUUUUUUUUAUUUUUUUUAUUUUAAUGUCAAAGGCAUAAAUUUCCCCGCAACUAGGGUCAAUUCUUUAGAUGUAUCAUUUCUUGUAUAUAUCGAACAAACAUUUCGGAUUAUUUUGUGUAAAAUCAGCUUAAAAGCCUUUCGACAUGGCUGUAUUAAUUCCACCUGCGCAAGCUGAAGUCGAUA